AUGUAAGAAAAUGAGUUUGCAAUUUCAAUUUGCGUUCCUUCCUUCAAAAAAAAUGAUGAUGUUGUAUACUACUAGUUAGUGUAAGAUAAUCAUAUUAACUUUUAUAUAGAUUUACUGAGAAUAACUAAAGGUGUUCCUUUUCAGUCGAUUAUCGCUAUUCACAUUUAAAGAAACUACAUGAAUCAUUAUAAACUCUUAAAGGCAAUUUGCCGAAGUUUCCUCCGACUAAUUGGUGGAGAUCCACCAACCAGAAUGAUGAAUUAGUAGAGGAGAGAAGAAUACAGUUAGAUUACUUCUUUAAAACUCUCCUCUUAUGCAAAGAAGUGUGUAAGAGUUUGAUUAUGAAAAACUUCAUCCUCAAAUCACAAUGUUUGCAUCUAAAAAAGAUCGAGAAGGUAUUUAGAAUCUUAUUUAAAUUAGGAAUAACUAAUUCUGAUCAAAAAAGAAAGAGAAGCCGGAGCUGCUCCUAAUGUAACUUAGAAAAAAGCCAAAUCUCAAGUAAGUGAUUUGAUGAAAUUGUAGUUAACAACUCCAGUUUGUGGUCCAGCUGAAGAUCCAAUUGAAGAUCCCAGAGAGAGAUCCCGCUCUUGGGAAUUCAAAAUAGCCAAGAAGAAAUCACAAUCCAUGUGCAAUAAUAAUUAAUUGAAUAACGUAUAAUAUAUAUCAUAAGAAGUAGUUGUCCUUUGGGGGUAUUCCAAUUUUCAAAGGCAUUAUCCUGAGAUUGAAAUGAUAAAAAUAGAAUUCAUAAACAAUCAUUAAAAAUUCUUUAAUUGUUUC